GCUCUUGCGCUAGCUCUACAAUCCAAGUGUGUGGUUCAUCAGCUAAAUCUGGAAGAAGAUGAUAGAAAGCGGAGAACGACACUGAUCUCAUUUAUGUUGCGCUCCAAACAACGAAUCAUCCUCAAGACGUGAACAGAGUGGGAAAUCAUGUUCAACUGGAAUGAUGACACUUUUGAGGAUCUCAAAACACCAGUUUCAGUACCUCUUGACAAAGUUGCAGGAGAACGGCCUACACAGCGAGCACACACAAGGAAGGACUCCGGUGCCUGAUAACAAGAAGUUGCUAAUGUUCCUGUGGUAUAUGGCCAAUCAAAACAGCUUCAGGGAGAUAUCUGACAAGUUUGAUGUGUCACAGUCCGCAGCGCACGGAAUCAUCCGGCAAAUGCUGACCAUCAUGUCAGGCAUUGGGAACACCUUUAUCUCCUGGCCAAAUGCGUGUGAGAAAGCUGCCUCUGCUGCUGCCUUUCACCACUCCUGUGGUCUUGAUGUGGUUAUUGGGGCGAUUGAUGGCUGCCACAUCAGGGUCCAGAGGCCACCCAUAAGAGGAGGGGAUUACAUGAACCGCAAGGCAUACUACUCUGUACUCCUUCAGGGGAUUGUGGAUGAGAGGGCCCGCUUCAUCGACAUCUUUGCUGGACCACCAGGCAGGGUGCAUGACGCCAGAGUGCUGAGGAGCUCCACCUUCUACACACAAUAG